UCACUUCCUUUGGUUUCCAACAUGGCUGCGCGCAGGGCGCUCUGGCUCGCGGAGCUGCAGGCGCGAUCGCUCCGCCCCUUGCCCCGCCCACCGCAGCGCAUCGGCCAAUGGAGAGAGGCGCAAGGUCUCAACCCCAGCCCCCUCAGGGACCUCCCUGAUUGGAGCUUUACAGACGGACGCCCCUCCCCCCUCUGGCGGGGGCAGCUCCGGAGGAUCCGGGAGAGCCGAGAGCUGGCGCGCCGCGCCGUCGCCCUGAGCCGCUCCCUGGACGCCGCCAAGCUCAAACCAGUACAAACCAGUACAAACCAGUACGGACCAGUAUAAACCAGUAUGGACCAGUAUGGAGCAGCUGAACAAGCCCCACCCCCUCCAGAUGGAAGCUCCGCCCACCGGACGGCCGCCGAUGCAAAUUUAUGCAAAUGAGAUGCAAAAUAAACUGGGUGUGGUCAAUGCCAAA